AUGUUGUCUCUCAAGUCUCUUCUUCUCUUUGCUGGCGCUGCCGCAGCUCGUGUCAUCUCCCUCGACGGCAGGGCAGUGGACGAAAACCUGCCAUGCGGAAACGAUGUGGUCCCAGACGAGUUGUACGAUAUGACGGCUGCCAUUGCGGCCAAGAGAUCUCUACGUUCCCGCAAGACCUGUGGCGCAAACAAGACGUCGACUGUGCAGGUGUAUUUUCACGUUGUCGACAAUGGUUCCAACAGCACGGUUAUCAAGGACAGUGAUAUCGAUAGACAGAUGCGACUGAUUGACGAAGAGUUCAGCAAGCAUGGGUUCCACAUGAAGCUUGCCAACGUCUCACGCACAUCCAACCGCGACUGGGCCCAGGACGCCAACAGCACAGGAGUCACAAACAUGAAGAACACUCUCCGUCGAGGCCGAUACCGCGAUCUCAAUGUCUAUAUUGUUGAUAGUAUUGCCAACGGCACACAAAACGGCAACUGCCACUAUCCCACUGCACACCAUCCCGAAGGCUCUCGUGAGUUCCUGAGAGAUGGCUGCGUCAUUCGAAACUUUGUCGUCCCCAAGACCGAUGAAGCGGCAACCGUCGAGGGCAAGGGCAAGACUCUGAUCCACGAGGUCGGUCACUGGUUUGGUCUCAUCCACACUUUCGAGGGCGGUUGCGACAAGGGCGACGAGGUCGACGACACCCCUCCUCAGGUGGCCUCCAGCACCACUUGCGGCUUGCCUGCGAAGACCUGCCCCGGCGCCGCUGCCGUUCUCUUCAAGAACUACAUGGACUACAGCCCAGGAGCGUGCCGAGAUUCUUUCACUCCCGGCCAGGUCGAGAGAAUGAAGGGUUUCUGGACCAACUACCGACUUAAAUAA